UUAGUUUCGUUUUCCCUCCUCACAGCUGAUCACAACACAGUUUAAAACCCCACCACCUGCACUGUGUGCUGAGAGUGGACAAGGAGAAGCUGAACACACCACACACGUCUCCACAUCUGACUGGACUAAAGUGGAGAAUGGCAGACUUUGGACUUUACAAUUAUCAGGAGGAAGUGGUUGAGAGGGCUCUUCAGGGAGAAAACAUCAUCAUCUGGCUGCCGACAGGAGGUGGAAAGACACGAGCUGCUGUCUAUGUGGCCAAGAAACACCUGGAAAACACACCGCAGGCUAAAGUGGUCGUCCUGGCAAACAAGGUUCACCUCGUAGAACAGCAUUACACCAAAGAGUUCAAGCCUCAUCUGGGCCAUGACUACACCCUGGUUCCCGUCAGCGGAGAGAGCGAGGUGAAGGAUUUCUUUGGGAAAGUGGUGCAGGAAUCGGAUGUGGUCAUCUGCACAGCACAGAUAUUAUAUAACGCUAUGAUUAGCGAGGAGGAGCACAAACACAUCGAGCUCUCGGAUAUUACUCUACUGAUAGUGGAUGAAUGUCACCACACCCACAAGGAGUCCGUCUACAAUACGAUCAUGAGAUGCUACGUGGAGAAGAAGUUGAAAGGAGAAGGUCCACUGCCACAGAUCCUGGGUCUCACUGCGUCACCAGGGACAGGAGGCGCAAAGUCCCGGGUGAAGGCUGUUGAUCACGUCCUGCAGAUUUGUGCCAACUUGGAUUCAGCCAUAGUUUCAACUAAAAACUGUGUCCCUGAGCUAAAGAAGAAGGUACCCAGACCCAUCAAGACGUUUGACAUAGUAGAGAGCAGGCCUGAGGAUCCAUUUGGGGAUCGUCUGAAACAGAUGAUGCAGAUGGUCCAUGAGUACAUGAACUUACCUCCGGACAUCGUGCUGAGAGAGACGGGCACACAAGAGUACGAGGCAGAUGUGGUGGUUUUAGAGCAGCGCGGGGUACGAGAGGACAACAGGCUGCUCGCACAAUGUGCGCUCCACCUCCGACAGUACAAUGACGCGCUGCUUAUUAACGACACGCUGCGGAUGGUGGAUGCUUACGAAUCCUUAGAGCAAUUCUACGUCAUAAAGUCGACCAAGGUCAUCGAUCCAACGGAUGACUUCCUGGUGCAGCUUUUUUUUGAGAACCAGGUGCACUUGAGGAAACUGUCCAAGGAUCCUCGCUAUGAGAACCCGAAGAUGGCCAAACUCGAGAGUGUUCUGCUCAAACAGUUUCGUCCAGGGGUGCAGGCGAGGGGGAUCCUCUUCAGUAAAACACGUAAAAGCACCCACUGCCUCGAUGACUGGGUGGGCACCAAUAGAGCCUUACAGGAAGCUGGCGUCAAGGCAGACAUUCUGACGGGGGCAGGCAAUGGCAGCACUUACAUGACACAGCGCGAGCAGUUGGACACGAUCAAACAAUUCCGCCAGGGGUCUCUCAACCUGCUGAUCUCCACCACGGUGGGAGAGGAAGGCAUUGACAUUCCUGAAUGCAAUCUGGUGGUGCGCUAUGGCCUGCUUACAAACGAGAUUGCCCAGCAGCAGGCCAGAGGACGAGCCAGAGCCGCAGACAGCCAGUAUUCAGUGGUCGCCUUGAAAGGUGGAAGGGAAGAACGCAGGGAGAUCACCAAUGAGCAUCUGGAAGAACUGACUGCAGAAGCAAUCGCUCAGGUCCAAGUUAUGAGCAUCCAACGGUUUCGCAGCAAGAUAGCUGAAAUACAGGAAGAGGCAGUUCUUAAGAGAAGAAUGGCAGAGCGCUGUAAAAUAAUUAAGAAGAGUCGCCACGCUGCUGCAAGUGUCCAGCUCCUGUGUCGAAACUGCUUCAAGUCUGUGGCCAGCGGCAGUGACAUUCAACUCAUCGACAACGCGCACUAUGUUAAUGUCAAUCCUGACUUUGAGAAACACUACAAAGUCGGCGGGCAGGUACGGUUAGCAAAGAAGUUUCAGGACUGGGAGCCCGGACGUAUAAUCAGUUGCAAUAACGGCAACUGCAACAAGGAUUGGGGAUUUGAGAUUAAGUACAAGGAGGUCGCACUCCUGCCCAAUCUAGCCAUUAACAACUUUGCCCUGGAGACUCCUGAUGGCAGGAUGACCGCCAAGAAGUGGAAGAAUGUCCAAUUUACUGUUGAGGACUUCAGCUUUCAACAAUACUGCCAAGAGAACUUCCCUGACCUCAUUGACUGAACAAAAACAACAAGAACAUGUGCAGGUGCUUUUUUGAUCUUUGCUUUUAUUCCAGUCUAAUGGUAUUUGAGGAUCUCCUUCUUGUUGAAAGUGCU